GACAGACACACCUGUGGACUGCAGUUGCCAGAAGUCACUGCUUUGAAGUUAACUCGCCUGUUGCUUUACUGAUGUAAGAUGGAGGAUGGGAGGAAAGUCCACGUAGUUGUCAUUGGAUGGGCAUGCACAACGCUGUGCUUGGUUUCAUAUGCGGCCGCAUUCUCUCACGGAGCGAGUCCCUCUGCCUGUACUGACAUGAUGCCCCAGCACAUGAGAGCUCAGCUGCACAGUCCCAGGAACAACUACGUCACUAUCCAUACCAAUAUGUCCUUCUUCCCAGGUGACAAGGUACCAGUGACCGUGAGGAGUAGCCGGGAUUUUAUGGGCUUUUUGCUUCAAGCUCGCAAGGUGUCUAAUGAUGAAAUUGCUGGCACAUUUGUUUUUAUUCCUCCUGGUUCCAAAUUGCUGACUUGUUUUGAAGAUGGUGAUACUGUCACCCACUCCGACAAAUCCCUGAAAAGAAACUUGUCCUUUGUGUGGAAAGCACCAGACCAACCUAUUGGAGACAUCAAGUUUUU